UUAUUUUCUAAACGGGGUGAGAAUCCAGAAAUCGGAGGUGCAAAGGGACUUGGGAGUGCUGGUGCAGGAUUGCCAAAAAGUUAAUCUGAAAGUCUAAUCAGCAGUAAAGAAAGCAAACUUAAUGCUGCCAUUUAUUUCAAGAGGGCUUGUAUACAAAAACAGGGAUGUAAUGCUGAGGCUCUAUAAGGCGCUGGUAAGGCCACAUUUGAAAUGUUGUGAGCAAUUCUGGGCACCAUAUCUGAGGAAGGAUGUGCUGGCUCUGGAGAGGGUCCAGAGGUUUACAAGAAUGAUCCCAGGAAUGAGUGGGUUAACCUAUGAUGAGCGUUUGUUGGCACUGGGCCUGCACUCGCUGGAGUUUAGGAGAAUGAGAGGGGACUUCAUUGAAACCUAUAGAAUAGUGAAAGGCUUGGAUAGAGUGGAUGUGGAGAGGAUGUUUCCACUUGUGGGAGAGUCUAGGACUAGAGGUCAUAUCCUCAGAAUUAAAGGACGAUCUUUUAGGAAGGAGAUGAGGAGAAAUUUAUUUAGUCAUAGGAUGAUGAAUCUGUGGUAUUCUUUGCUACAGAAGGCUGUGGAGGCCAAGUCAGUGGAUAUUUUUAAGGCAGAGAUAGAUAGAUUCUUGAUUAGUACAGGUGUCAGGGGUUAUGGGGAGAAGGCAGGAGAAUGGGGUUAGGAGGGAAAGAUAGAUCAGCCUUGAUUGAAUGGCGGAGUAGACUUAAUGGGCCAAACGGCCUAAUUCUACUAUCCCUUAUGACCUUAAAACGGAGGAGGUGGGACAAAGCCUGGCACGUCAUGGGUGUUAUUUUCACUCCAAAUCCCCCGGGACCCUUGAAAGUUCUGCCCCUUAAAAGCUUCUCAAUCAGUUGAAACCUUAAUACAGUGUCUGAAGAAGGGUCUCGACCCGAAACGUCACCUAUCCCUUUUCUCCAGAGAUGCUGUCUGACCCGCUGAGUCACUCCAACCUUUUUGUGACUAACUUCGGUUUAAACCAGCAUCUGCAGUUCGUUGCCACAGAUGCGAAGAGCGGUUAUUUUCAUGUUGCAUUUAAGUGAAAAUCAGUUACAUUGCAACCAAGAAGUGCUUGCAGUGAUGGUGGAUCAACAGCUGAUUGCAGCAUCGAUUCCCUGUGCUGUUAUUGUAUUUCGGAUUCAGGGGGUCAGAAACGAAUCCGAAAGUGAAAUAGCCGGCGGCUCUGAAAGCGGCUGACUAUUUUUCGGAAACGAAACUGAGAUGACGUUUUGUUUGUUUUGUAGCAGCGAGCAGCCUGUGAAUACUCGGAGGGAGGGGAAGUGGCGAUGACGUUCAGAAACUUGGAAGAGGAGAUAAAGCCAAAGGGAAGCGGCCAGAGGGAGCGCAGACGACUGCUAGACGCUGGCAGAGGUGUGUGCAUUGAAGCUCGUGUCCCAGCGAACCAAGGAGAUUGAGGAUUUUGCAAAGAGCGGAGCUCUGGAAAAAGAGACAGAAUAUUCUGCAAUCAGAUUCUCAUCGACUUCUUGUGCAAGGAUUGUGAGGCUUCGGUUGUGAUUUGGCAAGAUGAGACUCCAGUUGAAGUAUUUCACCGGCGAAUCUUUGCAACUGGAUGUCGACCCUAACAUCCAGGUGUCGGCUCUCAAGGAGAAAAUAUACCAAGCAACCCAGGUGCCAAGUUCCCAACAGCGCCUGAUGGUGCAAAACGGGCAGCAGGUGGAGCUUCGGGACAACAGCCUACUGAGGGACUACAACCUCCCCCCUGACUCCACGGUCAUGCUGCUGAUCAAGAAGGAGGAACGCAUGCAGAUAUUCCUCCUCAACGAAAAGGGGAAAACGACCACGUACGACGUGCUGCCUACUGAGUCCGUGCGGGAGUUUAAAAAAAAAGUACAAAGGCAGGAAGGGGUCACGCCCGACCAACAGCGCCUGACAUUUGAGAGCAAACAACUGGAAGAUGGCCGGUUGCUCUCAGAUUACAACAUCAGGUCUCAGUCCACCAUCCAGCUCCUGCUUCGUCUGCGCGGUGGUUAAUUUGCGCUCGACUGAACUAGAUUAAAACUUAAUUAUAUUUUGAAUUCCUAUUUUCUAAUACUUGAUUUAAAAGAGACUAGAGAUGAGUCGAUUUGUUCAAUGUUCGAUAUUGUUCACUUUGCUUCUUUCUGCUGCCUAUCUGCUUCAUUUGGUUUAGUCUCGAGAUACAGGGGGAAAGCAGGCCCUUCCGCCUACUGAGUGCUUUGACCAACGAUCACUGCACGCUAACGCCAUCCUACACACACUAGGGACAAUUUACAAGUUUACUAAAGCCAAUUAAUUAACCCACAAACCUCUAUGUAUUUGGAACGUGGGUGGAAACCGGAACACCCGGGGAAAACCCACGCAGGACAUGUGGAGAACGUACAAACCUCAUAUAGACAGCCCCCGUAGUCAGGAUCAAACUCAGGUCUCCAGCACUGUAAAUAGCCGCAGAUGAGUGAUCAUCUCGGAUGAAUAAAGCCGAUCAAGUUGGAUCAGCUGGUCACAUUCCAGCCUUCUCAGCUUGGCCAAAAAUGCAGUUUGUUUAAAUCUGACACAUUCCUUCAUAUCCAACUCCGCACCAUUUGUAGACACAAAAUGCUGGAAUAACUCAGCGGGACAGGCAGCAUCUCUGGAUAGGUGAUAUUUCGGGUCGAGACCCUUCUUCAGACUUCGGAUCAGAGGUGUGCGCUGUAAACCGGCGUGGUCCAGAUGAAUCUGAUUCCUACGAGUUCACAAACCACAUUGGCUUCUCACUUAUUCUAUGGCCAAUGUGAAAUACUUCACCAUACAGGGAAAAAAAUCACAUAUAAAACAUAGAACAACCGUCACCAUGCUGAGAAAUGCUUCCACACACUCUGCAAAUCAUUGCUUCAAAAUUACCGUCUUCAUGUUAGUUUGAGUUCUAAAUGCCUUGCAAUGUAAUGUUGAUGCAAAAUCCAAUCUACUGUGCAACUAAAGCAUUCCACAUUAAUAAAUAUAUAACUGUAUGAA